CCUGCUGGUGUGUAUAAAAGGCAAACCCAUGAUUCAUCUGUUUUAAAGUCAUCAGUUUAGUGUGCCAAGUAGUUUCAGCUCUUUACAUUUUCCAGUCAGUGUCUCCACCAGCGGUUUCUGUUAUGAAGAUGAAGAUUGUUCUUGUGGUUAUACUUGGACUUUUCACCGUUGUCCGGACAACACCUCUUAACACUGUGACCCAGAUUCCCACCAAAGCAGAGGACGAAGUUCUCCGAGAGGCAGUGACGGAUGGGUUCCUUGUUGAUCACUUUUUUCCCUUUACCCUCUCAACUAAUUCACCCGAAAGCAACACAAGCAAAUCACAAGUCAAGCAACCCACCUCUUCUGCCCCCGAAAAGGUUGAUAUAGAUGAGGGCAGUGGGGAGUCCACAACCUCUGUGCUAAUCCAGCAUGGAGGUGUUGACAGUGCAACCACAACUUGGAGUGAUUCACCUGUUCAGAGCUCUUCCACAGUUUCCACAACGGAGUUCACAUUCUCCAGUUCCAUUCCACCUACUAAUCAAAGCCAUCAGUCAAGCUUUACCUCCUCAUCAGUGCCAAAUGAAGACCAUUCAAGUGUCACUCCAGGCCACAUCUUAGUCUCCCAAACUACUGAUCCUGCCGUCCCCAGCUUUAACUUUCUGAGCACUCAGUCUUCAGAUUCUGGGUCUGGAGAUGGAGAAGAUACUGCUCCAAUAUCCAGUGUGACCUUUAUCUCCAGCACAGAAACCAGCACUGCUUCAUCAACCUCCGUGGUUGCUAAAGUCCAUCCACGGCUUUUUGGAGAUCUUGAAGGAUCAGGAUCAGAAACGACAGCAGAAACCAGCACUGCUUCAUCAACCUCCGUGGUUGCCAAAGUCCAUCCACAGGUUUUUGGAGAUCUUGAAGGAUCAGGAUCAGAAACGACAGCAGAAACUAGCACUGCAUCAUCAUCCUUCACAACUGCUCCAUGGCGGUUUUCUGAGCCUGAAGGAUCAGGAUCAAGCACAACAGUGAAAAAAGUAUUUGUGGAACCACGUAUUAACCAAUUUACACCAGAAGUAGGUCUUAAACUACAAAAAGUGAAAGAACAUGUCACCAUUGCAUCACCACGACACGGCGGAAGCACACCAAGUUGGAUCAUAAUCCUUGGUUUUAUUGUUGGUGUGGCAGCACUCGUCUUGCUCUGUGUCGCCAUCGCUACCAGAGACAAGUGGAAUGGACCAAACCAGGUAUCCCAGCCAGAGAACAAAAGUGACUUCUUAAACCAGCAGAGGGAGCUAGAGAUGGAAACAUUCCUGCACAAAGAAGAGCCCAGGGAGAAUGGAAAGGCAGCAGAGUACACGGUCAUCCCUCUGGAUGAGCUUCCAGAAAGUAGUUUGUCACACUGACAUUCAGAGUAAGAUCCUGUGGAGAUUUGAGACUCAUCACAGAUCCACAAGACUCUUUGUAGCAGUUUAAUUCAAUCAAAAGAACAUAAACUGCCAGGGCUGUUGAGCAAAAUGCUUAUGUGGACUUUCACAGCUCUGACCCAAUCCUGAACAAGACUUAAGAGCUGUUUAUUUUUCUGCUGACAUUUAACAGCUCUCACCACACCUUUACUUUGAAGCACUACCUUUGUUUGAUUUAUUUAUUUCCAUAACAACUCUGUCAUUAACUAUACAAAAUAAACUUUGGGUGUUAGAACACUGUCAUUUAUUUCAAAAUUGCAAAGUUUUCACAGUGUUUUAUUUCCAUAUUAUAUUUGUCAAUGUAAAUAAUUGUUUGUAAUCGAUGAUUAUAAAGUCUUGUAAAAGAAACUUUUUUUCUGCCAAGUCUGUCUUUGUUUCAGUGCCAUUGUUGUAAUACAACUUAAUAUAUUACAGAAGACUGUUGUGGAGUGUAACUUAUAUUAAGCCGCUCUUUUCCUCACAUUCAUUACGUAGGCUAUUCAGCCCACUAACUCAUUUGCUUCUGUUAACAAGUUAUGCAUCAUUUCAGCUGCUGCAACAUGUUGAAUAUUAGUAAUUGGUAUGUUCAUAUGUUGUAUCACAUUCACCACUUGUCUGAGAAAUAAACACAACGGCAGCUCA